AUGUAAUAAUAUAGGGAGUUCAAAUCUCAUAUUAGGAAAUCAGAAUAUACAACUUCAGAUAAGAACUUUCCUUUGGCUUUACAUGCCUUAUUGAUAUAUGUAUUUUUUAUAUCAUUUAACAUUGCUGGAAAAAUGUGUUAAUAGGACAUAUUUGCUUAAAGGUUUCCAGGUGAUAAAAACAAUUUAGGUAAUUUGAUGUGGUUUUGUUAUUAAACAGUUGCUUUUAUAGGAUUAGCUUAAUUACCAAAGAUAAUAAAUUUUAUUACUUUUAGAAUUAUAUUGAUGGUAGGAUCAUUAGGACCUUAAAUUUUUAUUUUACCUGCAAUUUUGGCUUCAAGUUCUAAUUGUCCUGAUUGGGCAAUAUAUUUAAUUGGUAUAGUUUGUUCGAUUUUUUCUGGGAUAUUAUCAGUAAUAUUUUUAUUUGGAAUGCUUUAUUAUUUAUCUAACUUAUCUUUUGGAGAUGAGAAAAUAUUGUAUUAUUGUUCAUUGUAUUUUAUGUAAUUUAUAUAUAUUUAUAUUUAGACAUAGCUUUUAAUGGAUAUUAGGUAGCUUUUUUGCAGAAAUUUUUAGUAGAGCAACAAUUGAGGCAAUUGGCAGAUUAUUUUAUAUAUCUAUUGUAUAAUUAGUUCUAAGUUUAUUAUUUUUAACAACAUUUGAACCAAAUCAUCCAAGAUUAAGAAGGACUAAAGAAUAAAUUCUAAGUUUGAUUGAAAUAAAAACAAGUUAAUAAGUGGAUAAGGUAAAUACUUUAAGAUAAUUAAUUAUGAGUGGAAUAUAAGUUGAUAGUUUAAAUCAAUAAUAAAAAGCUAAAUCUGAAGAGGAACUAAAAUAAAUAAUGAAUAAUAUGACAAUUUAAUGUUUUUCAUUAGAUUCAAGUAAUUUAAGUAUGAUAAUUGAAAAAGAAGAAUUUAAUGUUUAUUAAAAUAAAUCAUAUUUAGAAUGUAUAAAAUACACUUCAUUAGAAUUAUGGAAAAGAAAUGCUCUUUAUUUAUUACCUUUAGUAUUAACAGUAGCAUUACUUGAAGGCUUUAUAUAUAUAUAGAUGCUUAAUUAUAUUAUGUUUUUAGCAUAAAAAGAAGAUAGUAGUAGUUCAUUUGA